GCCUCGGGUCUUCAAGUCCAACCCGGUACUCACCAAAACCUGUAUGCCGAACGCCUUUUCACGGCUUUUGUUUCGGAAUUUGGCUAGUGUUAAAGGGCGUUCUGGGUUAUUGCUCAUUUCCUACCUAGGCAAGUAUUUACACAAGCCCUGGAGACAUGUAACUAGCGUGAGGAGUUAACGGGACUAUGAUGCCAUUUGAAUAUCAAUGUAAAAGUCCACUACCGUAUCUAGGUAUCUUUCCCCACGGGGUUUUAUACGAUAACGCCAGGCUAUAAAUACCGAGCGUUGGCACCAGUAGGGAAUGUUGUCCUGGUGAAGAACAAUAUAUAAUUGCCGUUCAUAUGUGCCCACGCUGGUUUCAUUGAAAAUUGUCAUUCCAACCACAACUACGAGACUCAAGCUCCAACUUACUCUACGACAGAAUGUUCACCCAACUACGCAACUUCGCCUUGGCGGCGCUGACAGUCCAGAGCUUCUCUGGAGCCCCAGUCGUUACUGCUGCUACUCCCCAGCCACCGGAGCUGUCAUACCUUUACACAGCCUUCGUGUACUGCAAGGGAUCGUUGAUGAACGAAGACGGACCGCGCGGUAUCCGAAGGGCAAUUCCCAUAGUCGGGGGUAACUUCACCGGUCCACGACUGUCUGGGAGCAUCUUGGACGUCGGCGCAGACUGGGGAACCGUGGAUCCUAAAACCGAGAUCUUCUCCGCCGACACACGGUAUAACCUGCGCACUAGCGAUGGAGCGGACAUCUUUGUACAGACGUCAGGCCCGAAGGCGCCCUCGGGGAACCUGCACCUGCGGCUGGUGUUUGAGACUGGGCAUGACAACUACUAUUGGCUGAAUAAUGUUGUUGCGAUCGGGAGAUUGACCAACGUCGAGUCUGGGAACAACUCUUCGGUGCUGAGGAUUGAUGCUUGGAAUUUUGCCGCGGACUGGAAGGCGUAGACGGAGGAGGAGGAGAGGACGGAGAGAGUCAGGUGAAGAUCAUCUUGAUAAUCAGCGGCG